GAGAUAUGUAGUACACGAGAGAAGAAGAGAGGGAGAAGAGGAAGUAUGAACAUUGAUAUAUCGCGUACAUAGCUGUCGUUUAUAAGAUUUGAAUAAUUCUGCAGAGCGCUGGUGAAAACAAGUUUCGAAAAUCCAUAGAUAUGUAUAGGUAAGGGGCGGAUGGUUUACCGAGCGUCCCUAAGUCGCGCAUCACCCUGAAUUCGCGGCAACACCUCAUCGUUCGUCCAGCCCAGAUUCCGAUCGAUUCUUCCGUACUGCUAGUGUUCGUGUCGCUAACAGCUUCGCGGUCCCGAAAUAUGGGCUCGAUCGUUCUAAAGUCACUCUCGGUUCUCCUUGGAAUAUUUUUUGUUUUCGUCGGCACUAUGAAGUUAACUUCGCACAUCAGUAAGGAUCUUCACAAGGACUUGAGAAAAGAAUAUGUCAAGUACGCGAAAGUGUUUCCUCUAUCCGGUACAUUGGACUUCAAAGUACCGAGCAAGUGGUACAGAAGAGUCGUCGGAUCGCUCGAAAUCAUCUGCGGGCUCGCAAUGGCGAUAGUACCUAGUCAUAAGAUUAAGAACGCGUCGAACGCAGUGUUACUGUUACUAAUGUUAAUGGCCGUGUAUUCUCAUUACAUGGUUAACGAUAAAUUCGAAAGGAUCGCUCCGGCUUUGGUGUUCUUCUUUAUGCUGACGGGGCGUCUAGUGAUAGACUGGCAAUUGAGACGAGAGGACGCGCAAUCGGUAACGGCGAACGGUUUGGACGACAAAACCAAAAAACAGGACUGAAUUCGUAAUUGGUUUCUCGCGUACGCGUGAACGCGAAGCUUCGGUUACCGCGGUACUUUGUUUUUUUGCGCGUACACUAUUAUCCGAGAUUCUAGCCGACGCGGUCGAGCUAAAAAUUUAACGUUAACAAAUUGAAAAUAAAAUUUUCACGGGCUUUGCUAUUCUCACGAUCUUCCAUGUUCAGAGUCGAACGGAAACGAGUCGAGUCGAUUCGAUCGACAUCCGGAAUUUGUUGCUUUCCGUGAGUGCUUACCGCGAAUGUGAUAAUCGAGUUUCGUUAUCGUUAUCGUUUUCGUUUUCGUAUCCGUAUCCGUGUUGUUCGUGUCCGCGCCGCGUGUCAACCGUAUUCUUCCAAGUUUACUUGGUCGUAUUUUACACCGGGUCUUUCGAACUUCGAAUUCGGGAGAACAAAACUAUCGUUUCGAUUAAUUGUCUUAUCGAAAGAAAAAAACCCAAUUACCUGCGGUAUUAUAAUAAUCUAGUUGUGUGUGGCCACGAUGGCUAAUGCGAAACUUUAGCUCAAACACAAGGUAUUAACUGCCAUUCGAAUUAAUGUGUUCCCGUGAUAUUGUGUUAAGAUGUACGUGUCCUUAGAUGAUAAUUAAUAUCAGCAUUUCAAUGCACUUUUAAUUUCCCUCGUUUUCCCUUUUCAAGCAUGUCCUUGAUUCGAUUUACGACGAAAACGCGUUAGUCUAGAAUUGUUGAAUAAAUCGAAAACGAGAACCGCGUCAUCCAUCCAUAUAGAAUAUCUACCGUUUGGUGUGUUUACAAGCAAUCGAAUAUCCACCUGUUCGUAGAUCGCGACGCGUCUUUCGGCCAGCCUCGACGCAGUCCGAUAUUGGAAUAUUUUUAAUAUUUCGUGUUUCGUGUGUCGAACAAAAUUGAGGUUUGUCGAGAAAACCGCUUGAAAUGAAGGGCACACGAUAAAUAUUAAAAACACACGGCAUAACAUGUUUGCAAAAUCAACAAACAAUUUCUUAUUUUCGAACAAAUUCAAACAUCGUAGCAAUAUCGUUUAAAGUUUUGACAAAUAUUUAAUCGACCGAAAGAAAAAAAUCCGGUUCGUUCUUUAGAAUGAUUAAUAUUUUUUAGCAUGUAAGAACGCCGUCAAAUAUUUUAGAUACCAGAAACCAUAUUUACAACACUUCUGAUACUAUCUUAUAUACAUAUGUAUACUCGUUAUACGUAUACAUUUGCAUACCCAUACACAUAUAUACACCGUACACGUACACGUUCUUAGCCUUCUUUGUCGACUUCGGACCAACUUUAAAUCAUGCUUAUCGAGCAUACGCGUAAGCUCAAACAAUUCGACGCGUAAACGCGUAAAAAUUUUUUUACUAGUGUCGCAUAUCGAUUUUUUCUCCUUUCCUACCUCAAGAACUGAAAAGAAUAAGCAAGAUUUUCAAAUUAGUUAUCGCUCAUGGUGUAAUAAUAUCAUUAUUUUUCAUUCGUGUCCCUUUUACGUGUCUUAUAUUAUAUACUCGAAUCAGCCAUACAUACGUUACCGUGACAAAUGUCGAUACAAGCAUCGAUUCACCUUCGAUUUUCAAAGUAAACAAAGACGAGUGUGUUGGGAAGAGAAAAACAACUUUCGUUUUCGGUGUGGCUGUAUGUAAUAUAACACGAACAAUUCAAUAAAUAACUUAUAAUUUUUA